AUGAGUGUUUUCAAGUUGCCAAAAACUCUACUUAAUGCCAUCAACAGUGUUAUUCAAAAUUUAUGGUGGGGCCAACAAGAUAAGGAGCAUAAAAUUCACUGGAUUUCAUGGAAGAGAAUAAGACAAGCUAAAUCAAAAGGGGGCUUGGGAUUUAGGGACCUGGAAUGUUUCAACACUAUUAUGCUAUCUAAGCGAUGUUGGAGACUAAUCCAAGAUCCUAACCCCCUAGUUGCUAGAGUGCUAAAGGCCAAAUAUUUCCCUUCUUUGACUCUACAAACAACGAAGGUUGGCUCUAAACCCUCCUUUGUAUGGAGAAGCUUGAUGGCGGCCAGGCAUGUUCUUGAGGCUGGCUCCUUUUGGAGGGUAGGCACAGGGUCAGAAAUUAGUAUUUGGAGAGACAAAUGGUUAGACCUAACUAAUCCAAGGAAAGUCACCAAUCCAGUUAAGAAUUUAGAUGGGAAUGCAAAAGUUGCUGCCUUAAUUGACCCUGAUACGAAGAGGUGGAAACAAUAA